UAUAUCAGUGAUCACUGUGUUUAUUUUUUAAGUUUAUUUUAUUUAUAUAUGAAUUUGUGAACGUUCGCGUUUACCACAACUUCUAUCUUCUAUGGAUUGUGAGUUUAUAGGUCUUUGAACCAAAUCCACUUGGAAUCUGUUUUUUAGUUCGUCUGCUAGAGUUUUGUGUGGGGUGUGGGGUUCUGUUUGUACACUGUUUAUUAUCUCAUACUAUUUUGAGGUUAUUGUAGUUGGGAUAUGUUUAAGAUUCUUAUUAACGUUCCAAAAUUAAGACAGUUGAGUUUCGAUAACGCUGUGAUCAAGUUUUGUUUUCCAACUCAAUACUGCAUGAUAUCUACGUCAAAAAUGAACUAUGAAAAAGCAGAGGAAAAUCUUCAAAGUAACCCAUAUUACAACAAGUACGCACAUAAAAUAGCUGAUUUACAGAAAACGUCCCCUGAAGAAUUUUUAGCACGUUUGAAGGAAAAUGAAAACAGGAAAACUCCAAAAACGAGUAAUAAACACAUAGCUACUCCUCUAGCUGGACAUGCAGGUACUGCCAAAUCUGGAUCUACAGUAUUUACAAAGCCAAAACUGUUGAAUGAUGUUAUGAAGACGGAGUUAAUUUCGGGGAAGUCUGCAGAUGAAAUUAAGGAUAUUUGGCUGGAAUAUCACAAACACAAAGACUGUAUAGCUGCGUCAGUUCCAUCAAGUAACUUUGAUUUAUUACAAUCUAGGGGAGAGAAAUUUCCGCUAUUUUUAUUACCACUUCCUCGAGAUCAAGGGUAUGAAUUCAUACUGUGCCAGUUUUCAGGCAAUGAAGUUCACUUUACUCCUCUCAUAAGCUAUCAGACACACAAAGAAAAUGCCCCAGAAUGUUUAACAAUGGUUUAUUACACAGAUAUUAAGGAAUCUAAAGGUAUAGUUCUAAUGAAAGGAGAGUUCAACAAAGAUGUCUUGACUGCAUUGGAAGCUCAAUGUUUAGCUAAUGAAUUACAGCUGUACUACGGAGAAGAAAAUGAAAAAAGAACACUUCUUCUAGAACGAUUUACUAACAAUCCUGAUGAUUUCCGGCACAUGGAUCUUAUUGCAAACUUAGAGACUUUGUCUCUGAAAUAGGAUAGACCUCAGUAGGCCUACAGAUCUGCACACCUGUAGAAGAUUAUGACAAGAUUUACUGUAAAUAUGUAUAACAUAAUCUAUACAUUUAAAAUUAAUUGUUUGAAUAUAUAUCAACUUUUAAUUCAA